AAUCCGUUCAUUUUAGUUUUAGUGGCAGUUUCGACAGGAAAAUUCUCUCGUCCGAAUAUUUUCUUUCCACAAUGAGAGAAAGUGAUAUCUAAUCCUGAAAGGAGGACAAUUUUUCAUGAAGAAAUCAAAUACAAAUUUUUAAAAGGAUAUUUUCAGGAGAAUAAUUCAAUCAAAAUCGGAAAAGAAAUAUUUAUUAGUGAAAUUUAUAGCGAUAUAUAUAGAAAAUAUAUAUAUAUAUAUAUAUAAUUCUAAGUGUAUAUAUCAAUAUAUAUAUAUAGAAUAUAAAAUCAAAAAAGAAUCAAUCGUUCAUAUCUAUAACUUAAGUGAAAAUUGGUAUACUAAUUGACUGCAAAGAUGGCUGAAGCUGUAAAGGUUAUCGUAAGGUGUAGGCCUAUGAACACCAGAGAAAAAGAUUUACGUUGCGAAUGUGUGGUAUCAAUGGAUGGUAAAAUAGGACAAUGUUCAAUAAACAAUCCUAAUGAUAAAAAGGCACCACCAAAAUCCUUUACUUUUGACGGAGCGUUUUUUAUCGAUUCAACCACUGAACAGAUUUACAACGAUAUUGGCUAUCCCUUAGUAGAGGGCGUCACUGAAGGCUAUAAUGGUACAAUAUUUGCCUACGGGCAAACAGGAUGUGGAAAAAGUUUUAGUAUGCAGGGUAUAACAAAUCCAGCAACGCAAAGGGGAAUAAUACCAAGGGCAUUUGACCACAUUUUCGAAACUGUACAAGUUACGGAAGGCUCGAAAUAUUUAAUCCAUUCUUCGUAUCUUGAAAUCUAUAAUGAAGAAAUAAGAGAUCUACUUGGUAAAGACUCCAAAAAGAAACUAGAUUUAAAGGAGCAUCCCGAGAAGGGUGUUUAUGUUGCAGGUCUUAGUUUACAUCCCUGUAAAAGUGUUAUAGACUGUCAAAAAAUUAUGGAAAAGGGUUGGGAUAAUAGAUCUGUGGGUGCAACACUGAUGAACAAGGAUUCGUCUAGGAGUCACUCAAUAUUUACUAUACAUUUAGAAAGGAGCGAAGUAGAUGAAUCUGGAGAAGAACAUAUUAGGGCGGGUAAAUUAAACUUGGUCGAUUUAGCUGGUUCAGAAAGACAGGGUAAAACCGGGGCAACAGGAGAUCGUCUUAAAGAAGCCACUAAAAUUAAUUUAUCACUUUCGGCACUUGGAAACGUUAUUUCCGCACUUGUAGAUGGAAAAUCAAAGCACAUACCUUACAGAGAUUCUAAAUUAACUAGGCUAUUACAAGAUUCUUUGGGAGGUAACACUAAAACUCUUAUGGUUGCUUGUCUUUCUCCCGCCGAUAACAACUACGAUGAAACAUUGUCAACACUAAGAUACGCGAACAGAGCCAAAAAUAUAAAAAAUAAGCCUAAAAUUAAUGAAGAUCCUAAGGAUGCUCUUCUAAGAGAAUACUCAGACGAAAUUGCUAAGCUAAAGGCUAUGUUGAGAGGUGAAAUACCUGUAGAUCCAGCCCAGUUAGAAGGUGGAGUAGGCGGUAAUUUCAAAGCUAAUGCUCCAGCACCUCAAAUAAAAGAGAAAAUCGUUGAAAAAGUUGUAUACGUUAAUGGGACAGAAGAGCAGGAAGAAGAAAGAAACCAAUUAAGAGAGAAAAUCACAACGGAAUAUGAGGAAAAGAUUGAAAAAUUACAAAAAGCAUACGAAGAACAAAAACUUAGUGCAGAUGCAAGAGAAAAUGAAUUAGAAAAAUUGAGAAGUCAAUACGAGGCAGAUAUAGAGAGUGUUAAUACAAAUGAUGCAGAGUUAGGUGAACCAGUUCGUCUUGCUAAACCGUCGUCAACUCCUCGAAUAACUUCAUCGGGUAGUUUACAUUUUGUACCGGAAGAGGAAGAAAUGGAUUUUGAACCUGAAAGUGUUACUAGGAGUAGAGAACCUUUAAAGAAUAUAGCUUUAAAAGCAAAAAUAAAUAGAAGAAAAAGCCAUCAAAACAUUGUUCUUGAAACCGACGAUAGAAUGGAUAGGCUUUAUGCAGCCCUGGAUGCUAAAGCAAAGUCAACGACUCUUCAAGAUGAAAUUGAAGAGAUUGGUGAGGAGGAUGAAUCUUAUAAUGGCUCAGAUGAUCGUCAAGUUCAAAAAGCCACUAGAAUUGUUGAAGGAGAUGAAGAGAUUCUUCAAGAAGAAGCGAAAAGAAGACCAUCUAAAGUGGAAAUUGAAGCGGAAGCUCGACACAGAUUGGCUGAACUUCAACAAGCCAUGGUCGGAGGUGAAAUGAAAAAUAAUGAAGAAGUCAAAGAGCGUAGAAGAAAGAGAAAACAUCAUGCUGAAGAAAGAAAACAAAAAUUAGCAGAGGCUCUUCAGAAUAUGGAUGGAGAUGAUAUUAUGCUACAAAUAUAUGAUAAUGCGCAAGAUGAAGUUCGCAUUAAAGAUAAACAAUUAAGAAAAGCGCAGAAUACUAUGAUAUCAUUGAGAAGCGAAAUUGCAGAUUUACAAUCAGAAUUUGAAUUCGAUCGCAGUACUUAUCUCGAUACCAUUAGAAAGCAAGAACAACAAUUUAAACUAAUCCAGUCUAUACUCGAUAAAGUAUCUCCUACAAUAAGGCGAGAUUGUAAUUAUGCUAAUCUUGAUAGAAUAAAAGCGCAAAGCAAAUGGGAUGAAGAAAGUGAAACUUGGAUAUUACCCAAAAUGACUAUUGAAAGAACAGUCUUGCCCUCCGUACCUGGAGGAAUAACACCAACUGCUAGACAAGAGAAUCCUCGAAUGCGAGUUAAUGGUACUGCUGUUUAUUCUGAAGAAGAUAGAAAUGCUGAAGAUGCUUAUUUAAUGAAACUACAAGAAAGAGGCAAUAGUGAGUCUCCAAGUUAUUUUGCUAAUCGGAGACAGGAUACUCUCAUAUCAAAUGCUCAACAAGAUAGAAACAGAGUUUUAGGACGAUCCAAAAGCCCAAAUGGACUACUAACAAAUGGGAAUACUCAAGUGGGGGGUGAGCUUAAUUUUCAAGAUAAAAGAGCCGCUGAAGUUCACGGUCAAAUGUUGGGAGACGGAAUUGAUAGGAAGCCGAUAAGAUUAGAAUCGCUCCCAACAGCUUCGGCAAAUAUGAAGAAGAAUAAAAAGAAGAAAAAUAUUAACACAAUGGAAUAUUAUUAAGCAAUUUUUCAGCAUGGGGAUAAUUGAAAGAAGCGAAACUUAAAGUGUUCACCCCAUUGUUUUAGUUUAUUUUAUUUUCGUUAUAUAAAGCUUAUGCAAUUCUAUUUUCGUCCAUAUAUUAGAGUAUUUGUUUACUUGAUUAUAUUUUAAGAAAUCAAAUAACAACAAAUGUCACCACCAGAAAAUGUUGACCAAUUAACGUCAGACUAUCUUUCACUCAACUUAGGUAAAUUAUGUCCCAUUAUCAGUUUUGAAUCACUAGCAAAAGCUGCUGAUAUACUUUCUGAAAGUCUUUCUAUUGAGGGAAGUAAGAUUACAAGAUAAAUAAAUCUCUUUGAAUAUUCUAAUUGGGACUGCCGACUAUACACUAUACAUCAGCUUUUGAUAUGAUUUAACAACUUUAGAGGGUAUUUCUGUAUUUCUAUGACGUUAAAGGUAAAUUUUACUCCUGAAGAAUUCUGCCAACGAUAGUGUUUUCUACUUGAUUUUUUUAGCCAUGUUUCCCAGUCAGUAUUUAAUACUGUUUUUGAUUAAAUGUUUUUUGGUGUGUGUUUUUUUUUUCACUUGAUAUUCACUAAAUUUCAAGAUAAACUCAAUU